AUGUCGAAAACAAAGAAUGGGCCAGGGACUGGCGGGAAACCGCGCAGAGAUGUGCUGGCCUCGCUCAAGAUGGCCUCUAUGGAGGAUGUCUCCAGGGCUGCUCUGCCGGCAGAGAUCCUCUCGUCCGUCUUCGAUUACCUCUCCCCCGUCGAUCUUAUCCGAGUUGCGCGAUCCUCCAAGUUGCUGUGCGAGAUAGCAUACGAUGAUACGAGGUGGGUACAGAAGAUGAAAAAGAUGGGUUGCUGGAAUGAAAUAGAAGCUAGGAAACGUGUCGAGCAUGUCUACGGAACCAUUGUCGAUCCGAAAAGCGUUGAGAAGCAAGAGCUAGCGGAGCAAGGCAAAGGAACAUCUGCGGCAAUUGGCGAUGUCGAAGGCAGUACGGCAUCCGCAAUGAAAUCGAUCUCGGAUGGGUUUGACCAAAUCAACGUUUCUACGACUGCGCCGGUUGAUACGCAGGAGUUGGAAAGAGAUCCGGUCCUAGGAGCGUUGAAGCUGGUCAAAUCGGUACGCGGAGAAGCCCGCCAGGAGUAUGGAAAGGUUCAUGCGGCACUGUCUCCGUUUUACGAGGACAUCGUCACUUUCGGCCCUUCGACAAAAAACCUCGUCUUCCAGAAAUAUAAUGACCCCCACCACCAGUCGCAGAUCCUGUCGCAACUGCAGGCUUUUUCGAACUGCGAUAAUAACGAAAGCUGGCGCGAACGAAUUGCGAGACUACAAGAAGCCGUGUCCCUGUUCGAAACAGCCGCCUUGAAGGAAUUCAGACAAGGCUACGAAACGGAGGAUAUUGAUGGGACGAUGAAAAAAUACUCUCACGUUCUUUGCACAUUGAACGGUGGCGGCUCUGCUGUCGAAUACUUUAUCCAUCAUAAUCACAUGGUGACCCGGAAAUCUGAAUUCGCGCGAGUGGCAGACUGCAUUGAUCCAGUCACUAGCCGGGUGAAGUUACAACAAACGCAAGUCUUCUUUACCCGGCUGAGUGUAGCCUACAACGAAGAAGUAUCGAUCAUCAAUCGCAUCUUCCCCCCGCCGACAAAGGUUGCCUCGCCAUUUGUGGAGAAGGUGGGACAGGACGUUCUAUAUCCUUUCCUGACUGCGAUUUUCGACGAGCUACAUCGCUCCAACAUCGAGUCGUACCUGAAUGCCGUUUCAGUAACGUUUGCCCAAUGUCAGAAUUUAUCUGAGACCCUUUUGCCGAUCCAGAAUGCACCAGACAGCUUUGAUGAGUUCUUGGACAGCGUGAUCACCAAGGUAUACGAACCGCAUAUGGACUUGUAUCUUGCCGAAGAGCUGGAUCAUUUCAGAAAGUGGUCGGAUUCUGCUGUGGGAGAAUGGGAUCGUCAGCUUGACGAGCAGGCUGCGUCGACUGAGUCCUUUUUGAUGUCGAAUGUGAAUCGCCAAGCCGAUAAGAGGGACUUUUUGAGCUCGUUCAAGAAAGUGAUCAUGGCGCCAGUCAACAUUCUCCCCAGCUUCUCGGGGAAUAAAUCGAAUGAGACGAAAUCGGAUCAAGAUUCCACUGCCGGCGAUGUCUCGUCAUUGAAAAGCCCGAAUCGAUUCUCGACGAUUGCGUCCCCGGCCCCCGUUACAGUAACGGAGGCUCCGACAUCCGAACUCGCAGCCAAAGCUGCUCUCAUGAAGUCGAAGAUGGAAGGCAUCCGAUCGUUGUUCAGCAUUGAGGUAGCUCUCAGUAUGGUACAUGCAGCCAAGUCAAGCCUUGAACGAGCAGCGCAGUUUGUGAGAAUCGGUGGUCAGACAGGUGCAGCCGCGAAACAGCAGUGUCAGGCGAUAUUCGUUACCUUGUUGCGUAUCCUUGGACACCGCCAUGUCAUUGUUGGCUUUAACCGGGCGGUGGAUCAUCUCUCUAACUACCGGCCACGCGAGCAAGGGGAACGUGACCAAUCCGGAGUGGAGCCUCUGGUCACAUUUCUGGAGCUGGUUAACGUUGGUGAUCUCAUUCUCCAGAUGGUGGAUGUGUUCUACGAACAGGAACUCGUGAGUUCCAAACUAACCGAUCGGAACGACUUCCUUGACCCUGCCGUGAAGGAAAAGAAGAAAUUCGAGCAGAUGCUCGAUGAGCGCGUUGCUACAGGUCUGAGCAAGGGUAUCGAUGUGCUUAUGGAGGAAGUGGACUACAUUCUGGCAACACGGCAACUGGCAACAGACUUCAACCCGGGAAUCUCCAACGAUCCGUACCGGCAAACCAUGAACGUGGGCGUCACAGAAGCCGCUAGUGCCGUGGUCGACGUGGUAUCAUCGCACACGCAAAUGUUGGUCGGAAGUACGGACAAGAGCACACUAGAUGUUUUCAACCAGGAAGUCGGGCUGCGGCUCUUUGCGGCUCUCUGCAAGCAUCUGAAGCGCCAGCGGAUCAGCAUCGAAGGCUCCCUUCGAUUGAUCAGUGACAUGAAUCAUUACUUCAAAUUCGUCCAAACGCUACGAAACUCCAACCUACUCCUCUACUUCAAAGCCUUCCGCGAGCUCUCGCAGAUCUACCUGAUCGAUCCGUCAGACGCUAAAGAGCUAGCCACGAUCAUCGCCGAUGCCGGGCGCUUCCAGGGGAUCUGGCGCGUGGAGGAAGUCUACGAAUUCGCCGAGCGGCGCGCAGAUUGGUACCAGGUCAAACGAGAUGUGGAACGAGCCAUGUACGGAAUUGGAUGUACUGUUAUGUGA